UGUGUGCGUGGGAAGAGCCAAAGUGCGAAGAAAGAUAAGACGGCUCUUCCUUAAUCAGUCAAUUUUCUAAUUGCUCAGAAACGUUUAAAGUUGGUACACCAAAAGGAUAGUUAUCUGUUUAGUAAAAACAAAAUGGUUAGCUUGAAACUGAGAACGAGUGUUCAUAGUGAAAAGGGAAACCCCUCCGGCAGCGAAAAGCCGAAAAUGGUGAUGUUGCGAGGAAAAAAGGCUGCGCCUUUCCUCCUGUUUUCUCAGACCAAAGUCGCGACUCGCGAGCAAGUGGCAGAGAUGGUUAAAUGACACUAAUACCCCUAUCGUUCCCACCAACCAAGCAACCACGCAUAAGCCGUCAUCUUGGUAUAACCAAUCCGGUUUGCUCUUCAACGAAUAUGCCUCUCGGUACGUUAGAUUCUAUUUUACCAAGUACAUCAAUAAGAACCGUUCUGUCAAGGUUCAGAUGCCGUUCUGUUAAGUUUCAAGUUUUCGAUAAGAAGAAUUAACAUCUUUUAUUGCAUUAAUUUGAAGUAGCGAGUCAUCGUUUUUAAACUUAAACAUUACAAGCUUAUAAUCUAAGAACAAGUGAUUCUUUCUUGUGAAUCAUAAUCCAGCUAAUGUUGCAGCGACUCAGAAACUAAUGGUCCCUAAGUAAUUUUUUUUUUCAUCGUCAUCACUAAGAAAAUAGAGGUUCAUGUAAAACUGGAACUUGAUCUUGCGGUGUACUCAG